AUGACGGCUGUUGAGAGUAGCCAACGUGUAAAAGAAGAAAAGGAAAAGGAGGAGGAGGAAUUACGUCUACAUCCACUUCAAGACUCGUGGUGUUAUUAUUUGUUCCAGUUCAAAAAGGGACUCCUUUGGGAUGCAUGUCUAGAAAAAGUGGCAACUUUCAGCACUAUUGAGCACUUCUGGAGUAUACUCACCCAUACAAUUAGACCAAAAGAGAUAACUAAUGGCAGCGAUUUAUAUAUGUUCAAAUCUGAAAUUAUGCCGAAAUGGGAGGAUCCGAAAAAUGAAAAUGGGGGACGUUGGCUAAUCAAUGUUUCUCCACGACAAGACGUUAAUGUCUUAUGGGAUGAAUUGUUGAUGCUUCUGAUCGGUUCCGACUGGGAUACAGAUGAAGAGGAUAAACAGAUAUGUGGAGCAGUGUUCCAACCACGGGCUCGGGGUAGUAAGCUUUCAGUUUGGCUGACUAGUGACAAUGAAGAAGAGACUAUCGUAAGAAUUGGGAAGCGAAUUAAAGAGCGUUUAGAAUUAGAAGAUACAAUAUACUUUCAACCUGUUUCUGAUCAACGAUCACAGACUAGAGGCAGGGAUAUUUGUACUGGAAAAUAUGAAAUUUAG